AUGGCGGCUCCAGCAUUUUCUUGGGUUGGGGUGAACUCAAUUUCACAUUCAAGCUCCAUUACAAGCACCAUUCUUGGUUUCAAUGGCUUCAGGGGUGAAAACCCAAACUUUUUCUCCAAUAAAAGGAGGGGUGGGUUCCAUUUGAUUCAUUGGCGAAGAAGAAAUCUACUUAUCAGCAAUGUUGCUAGUGAUCAUCAACAAAGAGUUAAAGAUUAUUCAUCUGAUAACGAAGGGCUGGCAUUGGAUGCUUUUCAACCAGAUUCAGCAUCUCUUGCAUCAAGUAUAAAAUACCAUGCAGAGUUCACGCCAUCAUUUUCUCCCGAGCGGUUUGAGCUUCCAAAGGCAUUCAAUGCAACAGCAGGGAGUGUUCGUGAUAUGCUCAUUAUAAAUUGGAAUGCUACAUAUGAUUAUUAUGAGAAGAUGAAUGUAAAACAGGCUUAUUAUCUUUCUAUGGAAUUUCUCCAGGGUAGAGCACUGCUCAAUGCAAUUGGUAACUUGGAGCUAACAGGAGCUUAUGCAGAGGCUUUAAAAAAGCUCGGGCACAACCUAGAGGAUGUAGCUAAGCAGGAACCAGAUGCCGCUUUAGGGAAUGGAGGAUUAGGACGGCUUGCCUCAUGCUUCUUAGAUUCAAUGGCUACACUUAAUUACCCUGCAUGGGGUUAUGGACUUAGAUACAAAUACGGCCUUUUCAAACAGCUUAUAACGAAAGAUGGUCAGGAGGAAGUUGCUGAAAAUUGGCUUGAGAUGGGCAACCCUUGGGAGAUUGCUAGAAACGAUAUCUCAUAUCCUGUGAAAUUCUACGGGGAAGUGAUUGAAGGUGCUGAUGGAAGGAAGGAAUGGGUUGGAGGAGAAGAUGUAAUAGCGGUUGCCUAUGAUGUCCCGAUCCCGGGAUACAAAACCAAAACCACUCUUAACCUUCGUUUAUGGUCAACAAAAGUUGCUGCAGAAGCUUUUGAUUUACAAGCUUUUAAUACUGGAGACCACCCCAAAGCAUAUGAGGCCCUUAAGAGGGCUGAAAAGAUUUGCUAUAUUUUGUACCCUGGUGAUGAGUCGCUAGAGGGGAAGACGUUGAGAUUGAAGCAGCAAUACACACUAUGUUCUGCUUCCCUUCAGGACAUUAUUGCACGGUUUGAGAAGAGAUCAGGAGCGGAAGCGAACUGGGAUGAAUUCCCUCACAAGGUUGCGGUACAGAUGAAUGAUACUCACCCGACACUAUGCAUACCAGAAUUAUUAAGGAUUUUGAUUGAUGUGAAAGGUUUAAGCUGGAAAAAUGCUUGGGAAAUCACUCAAAGGACCGUGGCAUACACCAACCACACUGUCUUGCCAGAGGCUCUGGAAAAAUGGAGUUUGGAACUUUUGCAGGAACUACUUCCUAGGCAUGUGGAGAUCAUAAAGAUGAUAGAUGAGGAGUUCGUCAAUACUAUCGUUGCUGAAUAUGGUACUGCAGAUCUUGAGUUGUUGCAAGAGAAGUUGAACCGGAUGAGAAUUCUAGAAAAUGUUGAAUUGCCUGGUACAGUAAUGGAGUUGCUUCUUGAGACACAGGAAAGCAUUGUUGAUACAGUUGAAGAAGAAGAAGAAAUUAAGGAUGAAUCGAAAGAUGAAUCAGCCGAGACCAGUGCUGUAGAUGAGAAUGAUGAAGAAACUGAAGCUGAGAAAGUAGAGGAUCCUGGAACAAAGAUAAAGGCGAAAUUUGAACCAGAUCAAAAGAGGCCAAAGAUGGUCCGUAUGGCUAAUCUAUGUGUGGUUAGUGGACAUACAGUGAAUGGUGUUGCUGAGAUUCAUAGUGAAAUAGUGAAAAAGGAAGUCUUUAAUGAAUUUUAUGAGCUGUGGCCAGAGAAAUUUCAAAAUAAAACAAAUGGAGUAACCCCAAGAAGAUGGAUUGGCUUUUGUAACCCAGAGUUGAGUGAAAUAAUAACGAGUUGGACUGGAUCUGAAGAUUGGUUGAUAAACACCGAAAAGUUGGCAGAACUUCAAAAGUUUGCCAAUAAUGAAGAGCUCCAGUCUCAGUGGAGGGAGGCAAAACUAAGGAACAAGAUGAAGAUAGUGUCCUUCCUUAAAGAAAAAACUGGAUAUCUUGUCAGCCCUGAUGCCAUGUUCGAUGUGCAGGUGAAGCGCAUUCAUGAGUAUAAGAGACAGCUCUUGAAUAUUAUGGGAAUAGUUUAUCGGUAUAAAAAGAUGAAGGAAAUGAGUGCAGAAGAGAGAAAGAAAAAAUAUGUUCCUCGGGUUUGCAUAUUUGGAGGAAAAGCAUUUGCCACAUACAUCCAGGCUAAAAGGAUUGUGAAAUUUAUCACUGAUGUUGGGGCUACUGUAAACAACGAUCCUGAGAUAGGUGAUCUCUUGAAGGUCAUCUUUGUCCCAGAUUACAAUGUCAGUGUGGCGGAAGUGCUAAUCCCCGGGAGCGAGUUGUCCCAGCAUAUUAGCACUGCUGGAAUGGAGGCCAGUGGAACCAGCAAUAUGAAAUUUUCCAUGAACGGCUGCAUCCUGAUUGGAACAUUAGAUGGGGCGAAUGUUGAAAUAAGGCAGGAGGUUGGGGAAAACAACUUCUUUCUCUUUGGUGCUCGUGCUGAUGAAAUUGCUGGUCUACGCAAAGAAAGAGCUGAGGGAAAGUUUGUACCAGACCCGAGAUUUGAAGAAGUGAAGGCAUUUGUUAGGACAGGCGUCUUUGGCCCCUACAACUACGAGGAGCUGAUGGGGUCCUUGGAAGGAAACGAGGGCUAUGGCCGUGCUGAUUAUUUUCUCGUUGGAAAGGACUUCCCAAGUUACUUAGAGUGCCAAGAGAAGGUUGACGAGGCAUAUCGAGACCAAAAGAAAUGGACCAAAAUGUCGAUCUUGAACACUGCGGGAUCAUCCAAGUUUAGCAGCGACAGGACGAUCCAUCAAUAUGCAAGAGAUAUAUGGAUGAUAGAACCUGUAGUAUUACCCUAAGGCUUGGUUGAUGAGGAGGAUUAUUUGUAUGAAGUGGUGAAGCUUGUUUUUGGGAGAUACCUCACCCUUGCCUCUUCAAGGUAUAUAUAUAUAUAGAGACUAGAGAGAGAGAGAGAGAGAGAUUUGCAACAAACUUUACUGUUUCAGAUUAGAGAGCAGAGAUAUUGUAUUCUAAACUGUCUUGAAGUUCCAUGGAAGUAUGUAUAUCAUUUGUCAUGUAAUUGCAGCCAUGCACUUAAAAUU